CAACAUCUCGCGAUGUUUCACGCGGAGAGGCGUGUCAGAUUCCAAGAGAGGAGAGAGAGCGAUAGAAAGUGGGAUAGAGGGGCGCUGUGUUACAUUGCAAAAUCUUUGCAAAAAUGGGGGAUGACAAACCUUUUGUGUGCAGUGCUCCUGGCUGUGGGCAGAGGUUUACUAAUGAGGACCACCUGGCUGUACACAAACACAAACAUGAAAUGACGCUCAAAUUCGGACCCCCCAGGACAGACUCCGUCAUCAUCGCAGACCAGACGCCGACUCCCACCCGUUUCCUAAAAAACUGUGAAGAGGUGGGACUGUUUAAUGAACUGGCCAACUCCUUCGACCACGAGUCCCCCAAAGCCCAGGAAGACGAUGACAAGAGGGCCAAGAACCCGUUGCCUGCUCCUCAUUCAGGAGCGCUGGAUAUGAGCCUUCAGACGCCAUCAGAUGUUAAGGUGAAAGAGGAGGACCCUGUGGAGGUGGACUCUUCUCCUCCUUCCAGCCCUGACUCCAUGUCAAGCAUGUCAGAUAGCAGAGAGUACACAAGCAGAAGAAAGGAUACUCCCCCAAAACCAGCCGUCAGCUCAGCUCCCACCCCUGCCAUAGUGCGCCCCGGUUCUCUUCCCCUUCAUCUGGGUUACGAUGGCCUGCAGCCCACCAUGCCGUCCCCUACCUCCGUUAUCACCCAUACCCCACCAUCCAACCGCACACUGGGGUCUCCCACUGGGCCGUACCCAAUGAUGAUGCUUCCUAAUGGUCAAACUGUUCCUGUUUUUCCAGGACCUAUGCAGAUGCCCUCUGUGAUAUCUCUGGCAAGGCCUCUAUGUAUGGUGCCCAACAUUCCAGGAAUCCCCGGUCCACCACUAGGGAGCAGCAGCAGUGGAUCUUCUUCACCAUCUGGUUAUAACCUCCACGCUGAGGCCAAGAUGAGGCUGAAGGCAGCAUUAUCUCAACAGAUGCCCACAGCUCAGGGUUGUGUUGGCGUGGCAAUGGGUUCCAACGCGAUGGUGCCUCAGAGGAUGGAGCAAAGCCAGCUGCUGGUCCAGCAUCCAGAUGCCCCAUCCCCAGCCCAGCCACAGGUGUCGCCCGCUCAGCCCACCGGUGGGCGCAGGCGGCGGACAGCGGAUGACGAUCCUGAUGAAAGAAGGCAGCGCUUCCUCGAGCGUAACCGGGCGGCUGCUUCCCGUUGCAGACAGAAACGCAAAGUUUGGGUCAACUCUUUAGAAAAGAAGGCGGAGGAUCUCACCUCGAUCAAUGUCUCGCUGUCGAACGAGGUGUCUCAUUUACGAAACGAAGUCGCUCAUCUCAAGCAGCUCCUCUUAGCCCAUAAAGACUGUCCUGUCACCACCAUGCAAAAGAAAGCCGUUUACCUGGGAGAGGAGCAUAUUAAAGAAACGUCUGAGCCCACGGGAUCCCCAGCGCCGGUCAUUCAGCACAGCUCUUUGGCCCCCAGCCCCUCGUCCGCUGUGGGGCACAACGGCAUGAACUCCCGUGAGGCUGUGGCUAUGUCUGUGCUGGCGGGGAUGGGCAACCAGCGAGGGGAGAGCGGCGGGCCGUCACACGUCAUCAUGGCCACACAGUCCCACCCUUCCAAUAGAUGAUGAGGGCAGCUAAUAGUUUGCCUGAGACUCUCUGCAUCCUGGGAGUAGCCUGGCUCUCUCAUGCCAUCACGUUCUCGCCUGGAGCUGCAUUCUGGGAAUGAACCGGGACAAUGUAAACACAAAGAGAGACACAGAUUGUCGUUGACUUUGCCAUAGACUACAGGGGCCGGACUCCAAACUUGCUUUGUUUUGCAUCCUCCAUAACCUUAAGCGCCAUCCUCAGCUUUCCUCGCUCGUGUCGUCCCUCACCUCUACUGGCUGUGAGACUGCAAAGCACUUCCUGUCAUGAAAAGUUCCCUCAGAGACAUAUGCACAUACACACGCUGCAAUAAAGACAUCGCCUGGUUUGUGAUACAUUUAGUCAGGCUAUACAUGUUCUUAUUGUAAUUUACUUUGUACUUCGGUUCCUUUCUAGGUUAUUCGUUUUAUAGAUGACCCUCCCCAUCAUCUGACCCAAGUUCAGUCGUACCUCAUUUUUAACCUGUUAUAUGCGUUUAUAAUCGACGUGUGCAUGUGUGCUUUUUGUAUGGGUGUACAGUAAUGUAUGAUGGUAAAUAGCAGUUUGAAAGACUGAUACACUAAGGCUGCCUUGUUAGCAUGAAACCUUUUGCCAUAUGUAAACUGUAUUGUAUUAGCACAUUGCAUUCAGUUUGGACCGUAGAUCCUGAUAGAUUUAUUCUUUCUUCAUAUUUUUGGUUUUCUUCUGUAUACGACAAACACGCAAAUGGCAGAGUGCUAUAGGUCAUGAAAAAAGGAUAGCGAUUAUCAACUUCCCUUAUCAUUUCCUCUACCCAUGAUAUAUUUUAUAUAUAUAUAUAUAUAUAUAUAUAUAUAUAUA